GAACUUCGGUUCUAAAGGGCUCCUCAGCGCCAUCCGCCCGGAAACACGACCGACAGAGAAAAGGUCCGCGAGGCCGGCGGACUCCAGAGUGGCUGGGUCCGAGCGCGCGGGGGGUUAUUGAAGGGCCUCGGCCUGGGCUGCGUGCUGGAGAGCGGUGACGUGGCCGACUUACCAGAGGCGGCAGCAGCCGGCCAACUUUGCUUUCCAGUCUCCUUCUCCGACACCACUGAGGUUGUUUCCCACCGACUUCCUUUCGAUACAGCACCAGCAGGCACCGGGGUGAAGGGUCAUGAAAAUGGCGCUGGCCGCUCGUCUGUUACCCCAAUUGCUGAACUCUCGGUCGCUGCCCUGCGGGGCCGCCCGACUCCGGACUCCCGGUGCGGCCGAGGUGAGGCUGCCGUCGGCCGGACUUUGCUACCUUUGCCGAUGUCGCCUCGGCUCGGGAGCGGCCUCAUUUCCCCGAAGGGCUUGGGCCUCCGCGGCCUCGGUGCUACCUGCCCAGGGCUCCUGGCAGCCAGUGCUCAGCCGCCCGGGACUCCCCAUAGCCUUCGCUUCUUUCCCUGCCUGCCCUCGGCGCAGCUACAGCACGAAGGAGAAGCCCCAGCAGCACCAGAAAACCAAGAUGAUCGUCCUGGGAUUCGCCAACCCCAUCAACUGGGUUAGGACUCGAAUUUACGCCUUCCUUAUCUGGGCCUAUUUCGACAAAGAGUUCAACAUCGCAGAGUUCUCUGAGGGAGCGAAGCAGGCUUUUGCUCAUGUAUCCAAGUUGCUGUCACAGUGUAAAUUUGAUCUGUUGGAAGAACUUGUGGCCAAAGAGGUGCUACAUGUAUUGAAACAAAAGGUUACUUCACUACCUGACAACCAUAAAAAUGCCCUUGCUGCUAACAUAGACGAAAUUGUAUAUACAUCAACAGGAGACAUCUCCAUUUACUAUGAUGAGAAAGGAAGGAAGUUUGUUAACAUCCUGAUGUGCUUUUGGUAUCUAACCAGUGCCAACAUCCCUAGUGAAACCUUAAGAGGAGCCAGUUUAUUCCAGGUUAAGUUGGGGAAUCAGAAUGUGGAAACUAAACAACUUCUUAAUGCAAGCUAUGAGUUUCAGAGGGAAUUUACACAAGGAGUAAAGCCUGACUGGACCAUUGCACGGAUUGAACACUCAAAAUUAUUAGAAUAAUUUUCUUGGAAAAAUCAGCUUAUGGACUUUAGCAGUUGCUGUGAAAAACUAAGGAAGAAAAUUUUUGGAUCAUAUGACCUUCACUUAAUCUAAAUGUGUGAAUUACUUUUAUAUUAUUUUGAAAUACUUCUUGCAGUAUGUUGGCAUGAUACAGUAAAAGCAUUUUCCACAGAUUGUUAUCACCUUCUUUAAAAGAAGUCAAAAUUAAAAAAAUACAAUAGCACAUUGUUGGUGUCAUAUUCAAUAACAUUUCUAAUGCUACAUAUAAUUUUACAGAUAUAAUAAAGGAGGCAUUGAAAAAACUA